AUGAUAGCUUUCCGUAUUUCCUGUUUUCCGUUAUCUAUUUUUCACAUUCUUUUUAAUUCUUUUUAUUGUCACCCGUUCAUAUGUUCAUUAAAUUGGCUUUCUCGUUCUUUCUAUUUUUCAUUACCUCGUUCUUUCUUCCUUCCUACCUUUCCUUGUUUCUUUACUUCCAGUAUUUUUCUUUUAGUUCUCUUGUCUUUCUUUCUUUUAUCUUCUUUUCCAUCUUCAUUUUUGGUAUUUUCUUUUGUCCUCGUUUUCUUUCUUUCUUUCUUUCUUUCUUUCUUUUUCUUUCUUUCUUUCUUUUUGUUCUUUCCAGCCUUAUUCUUUCUUUCUUUCUUUCUUUCUUUCUUUCUUUCUUUCUUUUUGUUCUUUCCAGCCUUAUUCUUUCUUUCUUUCUUUCUUUCUUUUCUUUUUUCUUUUCUUUUCUUUUCCGAUUUUUCUUUCUUUUUUUUUUCUUUCUUCUUUUUUGAUUUUUUUUUUGUUCAUUUUUAUUUUCUUUCCAGCCUUAUUCUUUCUUUUUAUUUAUUUCUUUCUUUUCUUUCUUUUUAUUCAUUUUUUAUUUUCCAGCCUUAUUCUUUUUUUAAGCAUUUUCUUUCUUUUUUCAUUUUCUUUUCUUUCUUUUGUUCUUUCCAGCCUUAUUCGUUCUUUCUUUUUUCUUUUCUUUCUUUCUUUUACCUUAUUUUUUUCUUUCUUUAUUUCUUUCUUUCUUUCUUUCUUUCUUUUUGUUCUUUCCAGCCUUAUUCUUUCUUUUUCUUUCUUUCUUUCUUUCUUUCUUUUCUUUCUUUCUUGAAAUUUUUUUUGUUUUUCCAGCUUUUUCUUUCUUUUUUUUUCUUUUAUUUUCUUCUUUCUUUCUUUUUCUUUUUUUUCUUUCCAGCUUUAUUCUUCUUUUUUUUCUUUCUUUCUUUUUUUCUUUCAUUUUUUUGCUUUUUUUUUUUCCUUAUUCUUUCUUUCUUUUUUUCUUUCUUUCUUUCUUUCAUUUUUUUCUUUUUUUUUUUUUUUCCAGCCUUAUUCGUUCUUUUUUCUUUCUUUCUUUUUUUUUUCUUUUCUUUUUUAUUUUUCUUUUUUUUCUUUCAAACGUUGUUUUGUAGAAAUACGACAAUCACGUACACACACCACAACUUUAUCUAUCUAUCUAUCUAUCUACCUAUCUAUCUAUCUAUCUAUCUAUCUUUUUAG